AGUGGCGGUUGGUCGGUGUUGUGAGGGGAGGGCUGAGUGACCGGCAGUGAACCCGCGACUCCUGAGCGCAGCAACUAAAGUGAGUGAGAGGGAGUUCACACACACACAGGUUAUAAGUGAGCCCCGGGGGAGGGGAGCUGGGCCCUGCCGCCGCCGGAGUGACUGAGGGCCGUGUCCAUGGAGCUGGAGCGGCUGCCGGAUCGGGCGGCAGAGGGGCCGGAGGAGGAGCAGGCCGCCGCCGCUGCCGCUCCUCUGCUGCCGGCUCUAGGCCCAUGAGCGCGAGCGGAGGCCGCGGCGGCGCGGUUGCUAUGGAGCCCCUGCAGGCCUUGUUCAACCCCGACGUGGGAGUCGGGGAGGGCCCCGGGCCCGGCUCCUUCUGGACCGCGGUGUUCGACUACGAGGCGAGCGCCGAGGACGAGCUGAGCCUGAGGCGGGGCGAGCGGCUGGAGGUGCUGUCCACGGACGCCAAGGUGUCCGGCGACGACGGCUGGUGGACGGGCAAGAUCGGCGAGCGGGUCGGCAUCUUCCCGGCCAACUACGUGAGCCGGCAGCCGGCCCGGAGCCGAGCCCCGGCGGCUGAGCUGUCGGCACAGGCCGGGGAGGCCCAGCGAGCAGCGGCGGCCGCCGCCGCCACCGAGAUCGAGUUCAGCCAACUGACCCUGCAGGAGAUCAUCGGGGUCGGCGGCUUCGGCAAGGUGUACCGGGGCACCUGGAACGGGCAGCCCGUGGCCGUCAAGGCCGCCCGCCGGGACCCCGACGAGGAGGCGGGCGCGACGGCGGAGAGCGCCCGCCGGGAGGCCCGGCUCUUCGCCAUGCUCCAGCACCGGAACAUCAUCGCCCUGCGGGGGGUCUGCCUGCAGGAGCCCAACCUCUGCCUGGUCAUGGAGUACGCGCAGGGUGGGCCACUCAACCGGGCCCUGGCCGGGCGCCGCAUCCCGCCCCGCACCCUGGUCAACUGGGCCGUGCAGAUCGCCCGCGGGAUGUGCUACCUGCACGCCGAGGCCAUCGUACCGAUCAUCCACCGGGACCUCAAAUCCAGCAACAUUCUGUUACUUGAGAAAAUUGAAAAUGAUGAUAUCGCCAACAAGACAUUGAAGAUCACUGACUUUGGCUUGGCCAGGGAGUGGCACAAAACAACCAAGAUGAGUGCGGCAGGGACGUAUGCUUGGAUGGCCCCUGAGGUUAUCAAAUCAUCCAUGUUUUCCAAAGGCAGUGAUGUUUGGAGCUAUGGCGUGUUACUGUGGGAGUUACUGACUGGAGAAGUACCUUAUCGUGGGAUUGAUGGCCUUGCCGUCGCAUAUGGAGUAGCUGUCAACAAAUUAACCCUUCCUAUUCCGUCUACAUGUCCUGAACCAUUCACCAAACUAAUGGAAGAAUGUUGGGACCAGGAUCCUCACGUCCGUCCAAAUUUCGCUACCAUUUUGGAGCAACUAACUGCUAUUGAGGCCACAGUCAUAACAGAUUUACCCCAGGAAUCAUUUCACUCCAUGCAAGAUGAUUGGAAAAUGGAAAUACAGCAAAUGUUUAAUGAGCUGAGGACAAAGGAAAAACUGUUUCCCCUCCACUACCCUCCCCUAUUUUGUUUAUUUUCCUCAGUGAGCUCCAAAACAGAUGCUGUCAAUUCCAUUGGCCACCGCAACAGCAUAUAUGUAUACCAACAGGAUGUCGAUAUCGCAUGUGAAUAUACAAGCAAAUUCCUCAGUAGGGCUAAGACAAAAGUUACCCUUGAUGAGAGCAAUAGAACCUGGGGUAAAAGCACCAUAUACCGACAAGAAGAUUAUGAUGAAGAAGUGCAGAAAGCUUGCAAAAAGAAAGGGCGAACUUGGGGACCUAGUUCUAUGCAAACAAAAGAGCGAGCCAGCUGUGAGGAAAGGACAAGGCCUUUGUCAGAUGGAAACAACCCAUGGUCUACAAGUUUGUUGAAGACUCCAACUUUACCUCUAACCUCAGUUUUUGCAAAUGUUACAGACCAUGGUAGCACUUCUGAACAGACACGAGCAGCUGACGACUAUGAAAAUCGACCAAAGCAGUCCAAAUUACCUAACCAGGUGUAUAUUGAUCUACCUCUUCGCAAAGAUCAUCAGGGAGAGGGAGAUGCUGGCAGUGAAAGUCAGGAGGAGGUGACACCCAUCAGUUCAGCCAACAGCACCCCACAGGUCACUCCCACAAACAGCCUGAAGCGAUUAACACAGAGGAAGAAAACUGAUAUGGUACUGUACGGGUGUGCUGUGCUGCUUGCAUCUGUGGCCUUGGGAUUUGAUGUCAGAGAAGUGAAUAAAUCACAGGCUUCAGAGGAAAUUGAGAUCAAAGAGGAGAAGAAGAAAAGGGAAGGCCUCUUUCAGAGAACCAGCAGGUUCCGCAGAAGCACAAGUCCUCCCAACAGGACAGUCUCCAAGAAGGAAGAGACGAACAUUCCCUCACUAAACUCCCAUGCUGUUAAUCUUUUGUCAAUGUCUUCCAUAUCCAAAUGUAAUUCCACAAGGUCCUUGCUCCGAUCAGACAGUGAGGAUACAUCCAUUUAUAACAUGCCUGUCACACCGAACACUGUCCCCCAUAGACCAGAAUUCUUGACUGACAAUCCUCCAAAUGGCUCUGUGAAUGGAGUACAUAAGGAUCUGGAUGAAUCUCCUUUAUCAGACUCAGAUGCACCAGUUUUUAUGUGUCUGACUGAAUCCAGUGCAACAUCAGAAAAGGGAGCUGCUAACCCCAAUGUAACCCGCCAUGGCCAGUUAUCAUCAGAAGAAAGCCCAGCCACUAAUGGAGAUUCUGACUCCAGUCCUCAUAGAGAAUCAUCAGAGUUCCCACGUCUUCCAGAUCCCAGAACCAUUUAUCCAAUGUCUGGAAGACGAAGAACCCCAAAAAGGGACGCAACACCAGAGAGACCAAAAUCUGGUGACGUGGUACCAAGGCCUCGGCCUUCUUUGUCCCGAAUAAGAAUGGACCCCUGGCGACUCGUGUCUCAGUUGAUAGGCCAAGAUGAGUCAUUAGAAAGCACAGGAGAUGUAAUAGUGACUAGUUCAGACAUAGCUCUUACUACUGAGUGCCAACCCAGUUUGCGCUUUGGUGCCUGCUCUCUACUAGACAUGGACAUGGAAGGCCAGAGCCAGGAUGGCACAGUACCCCUCUGCAAAAGUGAAUCCAAGCCGAGCAGACCAAGUGGCUUUGAACUGGAGAAAGAGUUUCUGUCUUAGCACUCACUGCCUAGGAUACAAGACCAUGCAAACAUUCCCUUUUUAUGAUUUGGGAGCAAACAUCUAUGAAUGCAAUGAACCACAUUUGGAAAAAGAAAUGUGAACAGAAUGUAAUUUGUUUCAGGUGUCGUGUGACACUUUUUUUUGUAACUGUACGUCCAUGGGGUUGCAUCUGAUCAGAACAGAUGAAAAGUAUCAUCUCACUACUGUCCUCUUUGUUAACACCUGACUCUCAAUUCUUGGACCCAAGCAGGAUUUUUGAUCUUGGGUCACAGGUACAGAAAGAUGGUCUAAUCCUGUGCCUAGUUCUGGCUCUCCGAUUUGGUAAAGCAAGUGCAUGUUGCUGGCAAACAAGAGAUCGAUCUGCUGCAUGUGAAACUGGAAUAUCAGUUUGGCAUUUAGCUCUUGGUGUAUUGCACUUUGAAUGUUCUGAACACAACAAAAAUGUAUCUGAGGUCAUUACAUGUCCAUUGCAUAUUUAAAUUGUAAGUCUAAUCGGGUAUUUUGUCAUUUGCUUAAAAAACAACUCAUUAAUCUUCUUUGCAUUGAACCUCCAAUGUGGUGCGAGAUCUUUUAUACCCAUGAAUUAUGAAUAACUUAGCUUCUAACUCUCAAUCUGAACACUUUAUUUCUCUGACACAGUGAGCGUCCUUUUUACUGUCCCUCCAUAUCGUUACCUUCUCAAAGUCUAUUUUUGUGACCGUCACUAUGCAAAAUCAAUUUAAAUGCUGCAGUUUUCACCACAUUUGAUUAACAAGAUGUCCAUGAAGACCAGAGGCUCAUGAAACUGCCCUAUUGCUCAGAUUGUCAAUGACCAUGUUCUUAAAAAAAUUAAUUGGCCGAGUGCCCUCUUUCCCCCCCCCACCCCCCACCAAACGCAACUCUUCCCUUUAAAGUGCUUUGUGGCUUGAGGUUCUUCUGCUGAGCCACAGAGCCUAGCCACGUCUCUGGUUGUUUUCCUGGUCUCUAUUGAGUUAACUACUUUCAGCAUUGGCAGUUAGGGGUGCACCAGAAGACAGUGGCACCCCUGGCUUUGCACUUCACACUAAAUUGCCAAGUGUGAACGUUGCAAUAUUGUGUCCUUGCAGUCAGAUGGCCUGUCAGCACUAACACUUGGUUCAGACCAAAAUUAUGGCAUAUUAGACAAAGUAAUAGAAGUGUGUCAGAUGCCCACAGAACUGUAUCCCACUGAAGGUACAGACACCUUCAAGAAAGGAUAACUAGAGAUGGGGAAAUAAUUGCACUCUGUAAACCACCGAAGGGACACUAAAGCUUUGUUUCAUUUAUACAUUAUAUAGUCAUUUUGAGCAUUAACUGGAACAAACAGACUGAAAUUGCUACUUAGAUCUAAAGUUUUAAUUUGGAGCAAUUUCUAAAGAACUAUACCUGUUUCUGAAGAGACUUAAGAGGACUUUGAUAUAAUUGACAUACUGUAGGAUUAAGGGCUCAAUUUUUUGAAGUUAAAUUCAGAAAAUUGGAGUGAAUGUAUAUUCAAUGUCACAACCCAAUGAUUUUUAAAACUAAUUUUACUGCUCAUAACCACAGUAAAAGCUACAAACACUGUAAUGAGUUGAUACUGUUCUUACAGUGCAUCCUGAAUUUGAGAG